AUGGAUGUCUACAUAUCGGAACACUUUGUGUUGCCUCAGCUUAGUAUCUACAACGAGACUACUGAUCCGGACGAUCACGUGCAAGCCUUCUCCACGCGGAUGGCUUUCAGAACCGGUAACCGAGCUAUAUGGUGUCGAGCUUUCUCUUUGUCGCUAGAAGGAGAGGCGUUGGAAUGGUUUAACUCAUUACCUCCCAACUCCAUCCAGAGUUUUGAGGGAUUGAAGGAGAUGUUCGACAGACAAUUUGCCAGUAGCCGCACCCAAGACCCGACAGUCUUUGAACUUUCAAAUCUCAAGCAAGGUAAGGAAGAAACCCUAAAAACAUUCAUGGACCGGAAAUGCCCCAUAACCAUGGAGGAGCUGAGGGACCGGGCAGCCGACGAAGUGAGGGUGGAGGAAAUGAAGCAGGCAUACAAGAAGGAGGCUCAGGAAAGUAAGGAAAGGGUGGAGGGUAAGAGGCCGGAGGGUCAAACCGCGAGGCCGGUCGGAUUUAAGCCGAGAGAGCUGCCUAGGGGACCCCGCUUCCAACAGUAUACCCCUUUGAAUGCUCACCCAGCGCAUAUCUUACAAGAGGCGCUCAACAUUAACCUCAUCCCGCUGUUAAAGAAGCGACCCACCCCACCUGGAGCCGACAACAACAAGCACUGCCUCUACCACCAAAACCAAGGGCACACUACAGAGGAGUGCGUCACUUUAAGAGAUAAGAUUGAAGAAUUGAUCAAGGUCGGCCAGUUGAGGCAAUAUAUUAGGACCGCUAGCAAUACCAUGUUGCAUGAGCGCCAUAGAAGCCCUGUGAGGAGAGAUGAUCGUAGCAGAAGUCGCCGGCCGCCGUACAAAGAAGAUCGACCAAGGUAUGAAAAACGACGUAGUAGGAGUCGUAGCCGAAGUAAGGACCGCCCUAUUAGGGGGCGAAUAAAUACCAUAUCCGGCGGGUUUGCUGGAGGCGGGCCGUCAUCAUCGGCCAGAAAACGCCACGUCCGAGCAUUACGGUCGGUCAACAGUAUUCGGUCAACCCGAAAAUCCAUGCCACCCAUCACUUUCACCGACGAAGAUUUUCACGCGCCAGACUUGGACCAAAACGAUCCCAUGGUAAUCACGACUGAGAUCGCCCAGUACGAAAUGGGCAAAGUCUUGAUAGACCAGGGAAGCUCCACCAAUAUCCUCUAUUGGAAGACGUUCCAGCAGAUGGACUUGUCGGAUGAUCUAAUUGUGUCAUUCCAAGAGCAGAUAGUAGGAUUCGCCGGUGAGCGAGUGGACAUGCAUGGGUAUGUCGACUUGCACACACGGUUGGGCACUGGCCGAGAAGGGGAGGAGAAGAAAAUUCGAUACUUGUUGGUAGACGCAAACACUUCGUAUAAUGUUUUGCUUGGCCGGCCAUGCUUAAACACAUUUGGCGUUAUUGUAUCAACUCCCCAUUUGACUAUGAAGUAUCCGACCGAGCAGGGGCGGGUAAUCAUAGUUAAGGCAGACCAGAAAACAACCACAGAGUGUUAUGCGGCCGGUUUGAAGAUGUAUCCACGCACCUGCCGGGCCAAAAUGGCUAGAUCGGAGGUGGCAAUGGCUGAUUUGGAUCCUCGUACGAACACUGACGAUCGCAUUGAGCCACACGGGGAGCUACGACCGAUCAAGGUGGGGACAAACGAUGGUCAAAAUACCAUGAUGGCUAGCGACCUCGACCCGGAUGUGGAAGAGAAGCUAAAAGCGACCUUGUGGAAAAAUCGAGACAUGUUCGCUUGGACGGCAGCAAACAUGCCUAACAUCCACCCAUCAGUCAUAACACACCGACUGGCUCUAUUUAAGGAGGCUAAGCCAGUAGCCUAG